AUGCGUGAGGCGAUCUGCAUCCAUAUCGGUCAGGGCGGAGUGCAAAUUGGGAAUGCGUGCUGGGAGCUCUUCUGCUUGGAGCACGGCAUUCAGCCGGAUGGCCAGAUGCCUUCGGACAAGACCAUAGGUGGUGGAGACGAUGCCUUCAACACGUUCUUUUCGGAGACUGGCGCAGGAAAACACGUCCCGCGAUGCGUCAUGGUCGACUUGGAACCUACUGUUGUAGACGAGGUGCGCACUGGCACUUACCGUCAGCUCUUUCAUCCCGAACAGUUGAUCAGUGGAAAAGAAGAUGCAGCAAACAACUUUGCUCGCGGGCAUUAUACCAUCGGCAAAGAAAUUGUCGACCUGGUCUUGGACCGUAUUCGAAAAUUGGCAGACAACUGUACCGGAUUGCAAGGAUUCUGCGUCUACAAUGCAUGCGGGGGUGGCACUGGAUCCGGUUUGGGUUGUUUGAUGUUGGAACGUUUAUCGGUGGACUAUGGAAAGAAAAGCAAAAUUUCCUUCACAGUGUGGUGCUGCCCACAGGUGGCAACAGCGGUUGUCGAACCGUACAACACUGUGUUGUGUGUGCAUUCGUUGCUCGAACACACAGACGUCACCAUCAUGUAUGACAACGAAGCGCUCUAUGACAUUUGCCGAAGGAACUUGGACAUUGAGCGCCCAACCUACACCAAUUUGAACAGGUUGAUCGCCCAGAUCAUUUCAAGUUUGACUGCGUCCCUUCGUUUCGAUGGUGCGCUCAAUGUGGACAUUACAGAGUUCCAGACAAAUUUGGUCCCGUAUCCACGCAUUCACUUCAUGCUGACCUCGUAUGCGCCAGUCAUCUCAGCAGAGAAGGCGUAUCAUGAGCAGCUCUCAGUGGCAGAAAUCACCAUGUCUGUCUUUGAACCAGCUUCAAUGAUGGUGAAGUGUGAUCCUCGCCACGGCAAAUACAUGGCCUGCUGCAUGAUGUAUCGUGGAGAUGUGGUGCCAAAGGAUGUGAACGCGGCUGUUGCAACCAUCAAGACCAAGCGCACCAUUCAGUUCGUGGAUUGGUGCCCCACUGGCUUCAAGUGUGGCAUCAACUAUCAGCCCCCUACUGUGGUGCCUGGAGGUGAUUUGGCCAAGGUCAUGCGCGCCUGCUGCAUGAUUUCCAACUCUACUGCAAUUGCAGAAGUGUUCUCUCGCAUCGACCACAAGUUUGACCUCAUGUAUUCCAAGCGCGCCUUCGUCCAUCAUUAUGUGGGCGAGGGCAUGGAAGAGGGCGAGUUCUCCGAAGCUCGGGAGGACUUGGCCGCGCUGGAGAAAGAUUACGAGGAGGUUGGCAUCGAAACUGCCGAGGUCAAGAUCUUUUCAGAUUAUCCUUUGCAGGGUAGCGUCAGCAUUCGAUCCACCAAGCGUAUUUUCCAUCCCAGCGUCGAUGCGCAGACAGGAGCUGUAGCGCUUGGUACAGGUGAAGAAUGUGGUGCCAAGGUGAACCUGGGUUCGAUGCUGACGGCACUUGCCCAGAUGGUGAAAGUCCCACAGCCAGCUGCAGAGCCCCUGAACAGCGAGGCAUCCUCUCUGCUGUCAGACGACCCGGCGGAGUUUCGCCGGGCAGUGCGGCUGGCGCUCUCAGGGGGCGAGGUACUGAACGUCGGCUACGACCGGGUUUUGAAUCUCAAGGUCUUCAUCUUCCACUUCUUCAUUUGCGGGGCGCCCAAAGUUGUCGCCGUUGUGCCGCACGGCAUCCCGGACGCAGCAUCUCGUUGGGUGGCUCUGGCGAUCCCCGUCGGAUUGAGCGUCUAUGCCGUCUACGCCGCGUGUCCGGAAACUUUCUUUGUUUUAGUGGUGUACUUCAUUGCGCACACAGGCAUGAACUUUUACAUGAAAUAUGUCUUGUCGCAGUUCAAAGUGGAUGAGGAGCUCAAGGGCAUGCCUAUGGCAUUUCUUUUGACUUCGAUCCAGCAGUUUGUCGCUUUCCUGGCUUUCGCUGUCUUCUUGCUCUUUGGCCACAUUGCUGGUGGAGAUUAUGCAGUGAAGAGACUGAGGACUUGGGAGGAGAGAGGGACGCUGGUCUUCUUCAGUCUGGCUUUUGCAGGGAACAUUGGUCUUAACAACUUCAGCCUUUCCUUGCUGCCCAUGUCAGUGAAUCUCAUCCUGCGUUCCUGUUUGCCAUUAGCCACCGCGCUUGUUGAGACUGCGGUGCAGGGCCGCCUUUCGCAACGCAUCGCACCUGCGCAGUGGAUCUUGCUGCUGUUGGGAGUGAUCUGCACAGCCGUAGCCAGCUACUGCAAGACACCAAGCGCUGCACAGGAAGCCGAAGCAGCGGUCUUCUCUUUAGGCCUUUGUGCUGCAAUUGGCAGCCUCUUCUUCGGCGCGCUGAAUAUGGUGCUAGCUGGUGUUCUGGGCGAUCUAGAGUUGAACCCUGUGGAUAGCACUGGCUACAUGGCAUUGCCCGCAGGCUUCACCUUGCUGCUGCCUGCGAUUACAACGACGCACCCUGUCAGCCCUUGGGCGCCUCGAUUUCCGCAGUUGACGGAUUGGCAAAUUCUGCAGGAAAUUUUAAAAAGAAACCCUGGGGCAUUGCAGCCCGUGUUUUUCUCUGGCAUCCUCGCGUUUGCGUACAAUGCCUUGCAGUAUGCCUUAGUUCAUCGGCUUUCGGCGACCCACGCUUCCUUCGCCGGCAAUUUCAAUAUGGCUGUCAGCAUUCUCUUCUCCUUGCUGAUUGGAUGGGAAGUCUUGCCGGAAGGGCGUAGCACGAUGUUUCUGCUGGCCAUCCUCGGUAAUCUUGCUGCCUUCACCGGCUUCACAGCUAAACAGUGA